AUGAGGCCGAACAAGGCUGCGGUUAACGGACCUCUGUUCGAACAUAACAUUGAAUCAUUACGAACUGGAUUCCAGCUAUUAGAUCCUAAUCGAACUGGCUUCAUUUCCUAUAAACAGCUCUGCAACCACUGGGAUGAACUUCCGGUGCUUGGCACACCCAAAAACUUUCUGGAAGAUCUGCACGAUAUGACUCUGCCUGACGGAACACUAACUUAUGAUCGAUUCAUCGGUGCAGCACAAAGCACUGUCAACGGCCAGUUGAACGGCACGAAAAACGACCUCGAAAAGUAA